UUUAUUCUUGACUUUCCCCUGAGACCCUGACGGCAUCAGCCUUCCUCCUUGCCCUUGUGAUUUUCUUUGCAGCUCUAGACGCAGCAGCUGCAGCUCACCUUUUGGAUCUCUGCACCAAAGCUUUCACAUCCUCUCUUUCUUCUUUGAGAGCAUCAGCAUCUGUGGCUCUUAGUCAUCUGGCAGGAAUGAUGCCUCAACUUUGAGGCACUGCUGGUGUCCCAUGCAUCUUGUUGCCUCUCCUUUGGCCCCUGCAACUUGUGGAAGAGAAAGGAAACAGGAUUAGAAUCUGCUGGUGGGGCAGGGAGUGGUGGUGCUGUUCCCUAGCCUCCAGGAGGACACCCGAGUGCGGCCUUGCCACAGCGACAGCUUCCAUUUAUUUGUAAAUAAGACAGGCAAGAGCAUCAGCUGCAGCCCCAGUAGAAAAAAAUCCUCCAGUGAGCAUCGAAGACAAACUGCACCUUCUCCUCAUACUGCUCAUAUCUACAUAGAAGGAGAAAAGGCUGUUUCAAUGAUGUCAACAGAAUGUGUUCAGACACUUGAUAUCCCAGAUGACAGACUGGACAAGCAAGAUUCACAGUGUAACCAUUUAGACGAUCUUUCAGAGCAGCUGAUUAAGAGCUGUGACCUCCAAAAUAAACCAAGAAAAGGUAAAACUCUCACAGCCUCCCAGAAGACUGAACAGGAGCAAAAGAAGCCAAAGAGAAAAGAUACACCAGCUUUGCCCACUCCACCACCUCUAACAGGCAUGGUUUCAGACUCAUCUGAUAAUCUGCUGAAAAGGUAUGGUAUCACAGAGAAGUCACAGAGACAGAGAGUGACUCCAGUCUCUCAAAUCACCGAACUGGAGCAGAAAAAGCCCAGAAGAAAAGAUACACCUGCAAUACACAUCCCACCUUUGAUAAUAGGCACUAAGCUGUUUACAGAAGAAGAACAAACAGUGAUUAUGGAAGAUGAAGAAAAGGAUGGAGAUCCAAUCCACAGUUAGAUUACAGUGAUAUUUCAAUAAUACAGUGUAAAUAAUAAUGGGUCAUUCAAAGUAGCAGCACAUUAAAAAAGAUAUUUUACCUUUAUAAAUAAUUUUCUCAGUUGUACACUUGAAUUUAAACUACCAUCAAGUGCUUAUCUGCUUAUCUGCAUCUCAUAAUUCCCAGCAAGCAUCAUCGGACAUGAAUGGUAGAAAUUUCAGUUACACAGGGUUUGAAGGAAUCUGUUGGUUUACUACAAGUGGCUUCCUAGCAUUUUUGUCAAUAAGGAGUCCACCUCAGAUCAGAUGUGGUUUUGUGCAGUGUGGUACUCAUACAGUACCUGGCACUAGAAGUGGUAAUGCAGAGUAGUAAAACAUCAGCUAGUGAUUCAAAUUGCUUUUUUUGCCUGACACUUGACCUCAUUUGUCCAGCUUUCCUUUCCUGGAAUAACACUGACCACAGUGAAAAUUCCCAUGUGCAGAUCUGACGGGAUAAAUGAAGAAGGUGAGAGGGCCAGGAUUCAAUUCUAGAGUCUCUGAAAUGCAAAGCAAAAAUUUCCUCUGCCUGUAUCUGCUCAUGACUUGUGUCUGUAAGGAGGAAAAGAUAAAUUUCCUUUAGAAUUAAAAUUACACCAAAGGGCUCUCAGCAUUGACAGAUACAUGAAACAGGAUGGAGGGCAGAGAUCUCAGAGGAGAAACACUAGGGAAGUGCAAUGCCUGCCAGUAAUUAUCUCUACUGGCUUGGUGAAAGAUAAAAUUGGUGGAUAGUUGAUCUUUCUGCUCCAAAUAAUUUCUUUUCACAUCUGUUUUUUAAAUUGAAUCCUAGGUAAUCAGUUAGGAGAGGUUGUAAAGAUUCAAAAUCACAUCAGGAAACUAAAAAUUGAGUAAAGGAAUAAUGUUACUCAAUGGCAUAUGCUUACUGCAAGGUAGAAGAGCAUGAUGUGGCUUUUUAAAUUGAUUACCUCAAGGAUUCAAACAAGAAUUGUUUUCACAGCUAGCUGCAGCAUUUGUGGAGAUAUGGGUAUUGGUAGAAUAUUUUACCAAAAAAAAAA